CAAGAGCGGCGAGUCAUUGCUCUGCGUGUGCGCAUACUUGCGCUGCUUACUUGCGACUUGUGACUCGAGCUUAGCGUUCAAAAUGGGACGAAUAUCACUAGCCUUUUUAUUCUGCUUAAUCGCACAAUGUAUAGCCAGUAGCGAUGACAGAUUUAUCAAGAAAUAUGCAAUGAUGAAGAUUUACGAAAGCUGCUUCGGCCCAGAAGUGGUGAAACAAAUCAGACGAGAAAUGAAGGACGCGUAUGCAAAAUGCUCAACACCGCCAUCUUUUGAGGAACCGCCGAACCAGCAGAUACCGUCCAUUUUGUUCGGCAAACUGCCGCCAGGCUUUGCGAUAGACCCGAGCACGCAAACCAUAACCAAACCAACAGAUGGCGCUAUACACAAUCAAGAAAAUGAAUUGCCAAAUCAAGAAAAAUUACAUGUACAAAAAAAUCCAUUCAACGUUCUACCAUUGAGAUCACAAUCGCCAUUCCCCCCACAAGCAAUCCCUCCAUACAUGAUCCCCAACCCCCAAUUCAGACCCUUCAGCAGUGCCUCCCCCUUCUACCAGGUCCCUUACAACCCCAUGAUGUACCCAGGGCUGUACAACCCCUAUGGCUACCAGCAGCCCAUGCCACAAGGGUUCUAUCAGCAACCCUACUACGCUAGUAAUAGGAUGUCUCGGGACCUCGACCUCCGCGACCGUCUGGACAUGAUCUCCCGACCUUCAAGUACCAAGGUCCGCAACAUCACCUGCGUGAUGCAAGAACUCGGUUACAUCGACCACAACCUGGAGCCAAACUAUGAGCAGAUCACGCAGAGGAUCAGUAACUUGCCCGUGGCCAGCGACCUAAAGGGCGACAUACAAGAUGGUCUGCAAUUCUGUCAGAAGUUUUCGCAAUGUGUACCAGACCUCAAACGCGACGUAGCGCCUCUAUCACAAGAACUUAUCAAGCCCAUGUUCUUCUUCAGAUGUUAUAAGCACAAGAAGUUAGAAGCCUGCAUAAUGAAGGACAUUCGUGAGCGGUUUACAAGCGAAGAUGAUCUGGAGACUGAUGGAGAUUUUAGGUCAUUGGGCAGAUCAUCACGGUCAGUAAGGGACGAAACACUGAAUGACCCCAGAUUCGAUGCCCUCGACGAAAUGGCAGUAUACCUAUAUGACUACCUAAGUGGGGGAAAUGGUCUUGACUAUGACUUAUAUUUGUAAUUUACAUAAAAAAGA